AUGUGUUGGAAAUUAUUUUUGUUAGCCGAAGGUAGGUGAAUAAUAAGACGGCAUGUCUGCUCCUGUUUUAUUAUAGGGAUUUCUUUGUAUCUUCAGCAACUCGCAGUGUUUUCCUGUAUAACUGCUACCUCAUGAUAUAGAUUCUGCAAAGUCGUUUACAAAUUGAUUUAAGCGUGGAAGGAAAGGACUUCCUUAGGCAUAAUCCAGGUCCUGUACAGAGACUGAACGGUGGCUAAGUAAGUCUGAGGUAAAUAUAGGACUCGCUUGAUGAUUUCUCAAAGAUUCCCGAAAAAUUUUGAAUUUGGAUUAGACCAUGAAAAAUGUAGAAGCUAAUUUUUGAAAUUAUUUUAAUGGUUGUUCGUUGUAAAAGACAUUUGAAUACACAAGGAAAUUUUGUCGUAUUCAAUUUUUUUUCGGAUAUUACACAGUUCUGGAAAAUCCCCUUGGUUGAACUUUUAAAAAUCGGCCCCAUAAUCUCAUCGGAAAAAGUUUUUGACAGGUUCAGAACAUCUACAAACUAUCAUUAUUACCUUUUUUAAGUCAGUGAACCUAGGAUGAAUUUAUUUUUAGCUAAAAGCAUAAAUUGUUUAUUGAAAUUUUCCUGCCCACUCAUUGUUGGAUCACUAAUGUCAUCGAGUCAGUUUUGAAGGAUAGCAAACUUCAAUAACAGAUGUCAUAAUUAUAAUGUGUAGGCCCGCUGAGUAUACGUAUAUUGAAUGUCAAAACAAUCCUGCUUUUAAGUUUGACCUGUUUGCAGGUGUCGAGAUACAUCUGAAUAUUCUGUGCAGACAUAAAACAUGAAGAAGAAAUCCAGCUAUUACUUUAAGGGAUUUCGAAAUGACUAGUUGAAACAAAGAGAUGAUUGGGCAAAUUAGUGUUGCAAAAGUCGACGGCUCAAAAGACCGCGGAUUUGGUUUAAUUAGUCACUUGUAAGUCUUGUUUUUGCCAAACAAACAUGUUUUAAAACAUGCUGAGGGCAGUGAAAAUUCGAAAUUGCUGUAGGAAAUUCCUCCAAUGUUACGGUUUAUCAUCUGUUACAAUCUGUAGCCAGGUACUAAGCAAAUUCCGUGUAAAUCGCUCUAAUUGCACUUAGAAUGCCUCGCAGCUUCACCAUAAAUCGUGAAUGGAGGCUCAGUGAAUGAUCUUCAAUUAAGCUUUCAACGUUUUUCCUGCGUAAUGGAAUAUCAUUAGACUACGGCUGGUGGUCUAGUAGAGUUUUAUAACCUGCGGACUCUCGCUCUUUAAACCCGUGCGCUAACAAGUGUUCCAACCAAUUGCUUUGCACGAACUGUUUUACUUAAGUCAAUGCAACGCAGAAAGUCACAUUUAUCUGGGUAUCAAACACUUUUUUUUUCAGUUUUACCAGUUUUAACACAAGGCCGUCAAAAUCAAAGCGAUUUAUCACACAUAAAAACAUCAAUAUCACCAUCUCCAACAAUAACGGCGCCCACGUCAUCAAUCGCAGCGCCAAUUAAAGACGACGAAGAUUUAAACACAAACCGAGAAGGAAACAUUGUAAGUCCACGUGAGUUUAAAGGGCGAUUUGCAAUCACAAACAUCGAUUACAAACCUCAAUAUGCAAAUGUCAAAAGUGACGAGUACAAAAUUCUCAAAGACUCUCUCCAGAAAGCAUUGGACAGCUCGUUACAAAAUACUGUUCCUGGUUAUAUCAUGUGUGCAGUGCGCUGGUUCUAUAAAGGAAGUGUGAUCACAGACUUUGUUGUGUUUGUGAAUGGAAAUGAAAAUGUCUCCCCUGAAGAGUUACAAAAGGCGAUUGUCUCAGCUUCGUCCACGGGUUCGCUGGCAAAUUUUAAGUUGAAGAAUGUUGUUAUAGAGUCACCGCAGGACCAAAGAAGUGGAGAAAAUGAGGACAACAAAGGGUCUAUGAUCAUGAUCGAGCUGUGGAUGAUAAUUACUUUCGGUGGUAUAGUGAUUGUUAUUGUUCUUCUCUUCUUCAUUCUUGGUCUUUUGGUAAGUAAAGGAUGAGAGAGAUCGAUAAUUUUUUUUAUCAGCGUUUAUUAUAAUAAUGUAUCAACCCUUUUACUCCAUGAUCUCAUAAAUAAUUCUCCUUACUGCCUGCCUUACAGCUCUUAUGAUAUUAGUUUAGAGAAUUUAAUAUUGGAUGCACAACCUAAUCAACCCAAUUCGGAUAAAUUGGCUCCUGGAUAUGGAAUUUUUCGACAGGGCUCUCCAAAGUGGAUGGAUACGGAAGCGCUGACUUUGCGUCUAAAAGUGAGAGGAAAGCACUUUGAAAAAAAUUUUUUUAAACUUUCUUCUGUCCCUUUAAUUUUUUGGUGUGAAAAUUACGCCUAUAUCAUACAAACUAUCAAGGGUGUAUCAAAACGAUUCUGCAUCCGUUGUAUGCAGUGUAGAUUGGUUGUAUGGACGCAAGGUCUGAUACAACAGCACGAAAGCAAUAAUUUUCGUUCCACUUGUUAUAAUGUCAUUUUAUGAUACCCAGCCAAUUUCGUUGCGACAACGCCUCUCACUACCACCUCGAUCUUUUAACAAACUUGUUUUAGAUAAGAAACAGAUUGUUGAAGAAAGCCCUAACUCAAGAGAGAAGUGUCACUGAAGACCUCAGACACCAACAACAGUUGCAGCAAGACGGGGCAAGGGAAACGCUGUCCAUUGUGGCUGCGUCAUCUACUGAUGAACUUACGACCAUGCUUGAUAGCAAAAAGGAAGUAAAGGUGUAGUAACCUUUAUCCGUGUGAUUUUUGUCCCUAAAGAAGGAGUGACACAUUCCUUGCCCUGGUGCUAGCAUUCCUUUGUGUGCCUUCUGGUGGCCCCGCCUUCUUAAGAAACAGUACAUUAAGGAAAUUAGUUUUCUUCCGUUCUGGGCAUGCUAAAGAAUGAGAAUAAGUCUUAAGGCGGAGAGGAAAAAUGAGUAUAAAACUGUACCAAAGCAUACGUGAUUUUCUCAAGUACUUUGGAUUUCAAAGGAAUUACAAGAUAAUAAACCAUUUUUUCCCGAGAGUGUCUGAUAAUCACGCUUCAUAAAAUGAGGAGCAAAAUAUUGCAUGUAGUAAAGUAACAAAAGUGUGUAUUGCUCCCUUAAUAAUUUUAUCCUAAUCCCCGAGCGGUUUGUCGUUAAUCAUCAGAAAUACCAGAGUCGAUCAUUUUCCAUCGGCACCUCAAGGUCAGCGGAAAGACUCAUGGAGCUCUUGAAAGAUUCUGAUCAGGUGAAAACUGCCACAGGCGAACGAGCAGAACAUAACUCAUCUACAGUUUUUUCAGGAUCGGCAACUGUUCCCAGUGUCAUAUCAAACGUUUCAGCCCAUGAGGUAUGUAAAGUUCAUAUCAUUCAUAAGGCUGGACUAGUAGGACUCUAACCCCUUAAAGUGACUUGAGUUCUUAUUUCUCCUUACAGUAUCACUGUUGAAUCAAAUGUAAAGGUCAUGAGAAUAAAGUAACUGAUCUUUAAUUGAGGAAGCUCCUGUUUGUCGAACAAAUUCUCCUCGUCAGUGCCAUUGGAAACGUAAACAGAAUAGUAUGGAGAAAAUGCAUAUUGAUGUUAGGGUGCUGGGGGUUAAUGAAAGGUUUUCUUUCUUUUUUUGUCACUAUCUUUCACCUAUAUUUACUGAUAGAAUGCUUAUGUUCUAAAAGGUUGUUGUAUGUCUCAUGCCAAAACGGGCUUUCUCGCAGUAUUUAUGGAAGUUUUCCAUCCUAAACUUGCGCCUUCGUUGUAUAAGUUCCCGGACUCAGUCAAUUGGUACAUCACCCGAGUUUCAUGAGGUGAUAACUUGAUUUCAAAGAUUCGAUCCUUUAUUACUCGUUUCAUUUUAUCUUUUGUGGUAAAUUAUUUUUUGCGCCAUUUUUUCAGGGUGAAUUCAGCACUUCAAGCUCCCUUAUUGAUGACGUCACGAUGUCAGGAGACCACACCCAUCUAAGAAAGGUUCCUUUUGCAAUGAGCAAACCGUUAAUUUUCAUCAGCCCUCCCAAGGUAAACACAGUGUCGACUGCUAAAGAGAUAAAAUAA